CAACGUGAAUCCCUUAUCGAUCAUGGAUUUCGUGCCCAUAUACGCUUCGCAACGCUUGCCAUAUUAAAAGCAGUCAAAAUUCUGAAAAGAGUGAAAGAGGGUAUAUGUGUAGAGUGAAUUGGCACUUGGUGCAGUUUUGGGCUGCAUAGAUGUUUUAUAUGCAUGCUGAAGAUUUGAAUUGCGGUAUAUAUAGUAUGCUGACUUGCAAGAGGCGGGAAGAGGGGAAAGUACGACCAGGGAAGUACACGAAACGGAGAAGUAAGUUGUAAUUGAAAUCUGGAUCAUCCAAAAGUAAAGUGAACUGCACCAUCUUGCACAUAACAACACCAGUCACCGAGCCUUAGAUGCCAGAGAAUAUCCUCCAAAGACUCCCUCGUAGUAAUAGUUCUUGUGGACGAAGUUUGGAAGCUUCUCUGUGCGCUCUAUGAUGACGGGCGAUUCCCGCGUUGCCAUGGUAACCUCAUCGUUAUUAAUGAUGGUGGUGGUGAUGAUUUUCAUCAUCGACAAUGAAGAUACAUCAGUGAAAGAACGUGAUACACGACGAGAAGUCCUCGCUUCCAAACAGUACAGAUCACUUUCGGACUUAGAGUAUGCAGGCGAAGGAAGAUCGUAUGCCAGACUGACUAUCAACACAUCAAAUGUGGUAGCAACAGUUGACGAGCGUUUCGUAUCGGUGGGGGCAACGAUGGGUAGCUUCAAUCGUUCACUUGGUCAACACUUUAAUUCAACUCGUUUUUGGACAGCGGCACGCGGACUUGCUCCUGCUAUUUAUCGCAUGGGCGGGGCUGAGGCCGAUUUUACUUACUUUGAUGCUCAUAACACAAGAGAUGAAUGUCUUCAGAAUGGAAAGUUAAAAGAAAACAGAAAAUUAGAUAACUAUGGAAAGUUGACCUUCUUUAAUAUGACACUUUGUGCUCACACUUGGGACAAUAUCAACGAGUUUGCUCGAUCUGUCGGAUGGCAGAUUUUAUUUUGUCUUAAUGCUCUCACUCGGAAUAAGACAUCUUGGGACCCUACCAAUGCCCUUGAAAUGAUCAAUUACACCCAUAACAGAGGUUAUCAAGUCUUAUGGGGCCUCGGAAAUGAACCCAACGGAUAUUUGAGAAAAGCCAAUGUUGCAGUGAAUGGAACUCAGAUGGCCGAUGCAUUUCAUACGCUCAGAAAGGAGGUUCGUCGACUAUCCGGUCAGUCGGAUUUCUUCUUAGUCGGCCCCGAUACAUCGGCACCAAUAAAGAAGGAAAAUGAGCUCACAAGUACUAAACCAUACCUCGAGGAUUUCCUUAAAGAAGUCGGAAAUGCAACCAACGUGACCUCGUUCCAUUACUACUAUACCAGCGGUAGAACUGCCAACUUCCAAAACGUGACAGAUCCGAAAGUUGCCGACAUGUUAAUACCCAAUAUCGAGAGCGUUCGGGGGUCGGUUGCAAAAUACGGUUCUGCAUAUAAUUCAAGGGUGUGGAUAUCCGAAUCUGGUCUUACUUUCGGCGGAGCCCCAUCAGGGUUGAGUGCAAGAUAUGUCCUCGGAAUGAUGAUGCUUGAUAAACUUGGAGUAUCAGCCCGUUAUGGUAUUGAGCUCAUCGUCCAGCAGGGAUUAAUAGGGAAAACAGGAGGACUAUUUGAUGCUGCAUACAAACCACGUCUGCCAUAUUGGUGGUUUUUGUACCACAAGAGGCUUAUGGGAACCCGGGUGUUAGACGUUUCUAAAGCCGUUUCUACAAUCAACACAGUACUGAAACACAAUGAUGAUGACUUUUCAAAUCACGUUCGGGUAUACGCGCAUUGUACAAAGACAAGCACCUUUUAUCACCCAGGCUCUGUGACAUUAAUGAUCAUAAAUAUGAUACCCAUCUUCGAGGUUCAUGUUCAUCUGGAGGCACCCCUGCAGAAUACAACUAUUCACGAGUACCUCUUCACGCCGCUGGGGGCGCAAAGCAUUCUUUCACCACAUGGUAAGCUGAACGGUCGACGACUCAAAAUGGUCAGUGACUACACGCUACCCGACUAUACGCCCAGGGAGAGGCCUCCAGGCAGCACCAUCGUGCUACCACAACAAUCAUUCGGCUUUUAUGUUCUUCCAAAUGCCCAAGCUUCUGUUUGCCUAUGAUAUUCUCUUAGAAUAUUUGACACCAUUGGUCAUCACAUACAACUGAAAAAGCUUAAUUCUUGUGGUGUCAGAGGUCUUGCCUUCUAAAAUGUUUAGAAGAUUAUCAGUUUCAAAGAAGUCAAUGCGUGAUGGUCAAUGGUGUCAAAUCCUCGAUACAGCAUCUUAACUGUGGUGUCCCACAAUGAUCUGUUUUGGGUCCUCUCUUGUUCCUUAUGAUAUCAAAUAUUCUUCUCAUCUCAUGUUUUCCUUGUUUGCCGAUGAUACAGAACAGUAACAGAAACUUAAAAAAACACUUGUCUCUACAUGGUUAAAAACCAAUUGUAGCAAAAAUGAAUUACAUUAUUUAGAUCACGGAAGAAGAGAGUGAUUUUUGAAUAUUAUAUUUAAUAGAUUUUUACAUAUUAUAUAUAAUAGACUGUCUUGUCAUUCCUAAAUUGAAGAAUACAUUAUUCUUGAAUUUACUUUUAAUGAGACCAUGGAUUGGAUAUUAUUUUGAAAAUCUUUAUCUAAAUAUUUUGGUGUCUUAAUAUGUAAAUUGAAGUUCAUAUUACUUAUUUAUAAUAACCUUGUAUCUUGGCACAUCCGAAUUACUGUUGCUACAUUUGGUACAUUACAUUACAGUACAUUAAUCAUGCAAAAUUCAAGUAUAAGCCCCCCUUUUAAGAAAUGCCUUUGCAUGCAGUAAUCACUUUCAAUACUGUAAUUUUAUUUAUUUAAUUAUUUAUUAUAUUCAUUGAUUUAUAUGUUUUUGCUCGCGGGGUCCACGUGAGCGUGUUGCCCGUCCCACUUGGCGGGGCCGUCCUCCUCCACGAGAGGGGGAUUUUUUCACUGAAAUAGUGUUGUAUUUUUACUCUCAAUUCAAACAUUCAUUCACAUGCUACUCGAAAAUAAUUUCCAUCUAAACUUUCUUCCUCUCUAGAUUUUUCAGGUUUUAUCGGUAUCAGAAAUGAAAGAAAGAGGAAUCAGCUCCCAACUUCUCUCAAAAGGUUGCAAAACUUUAUCUCGUUUUAAAAGACUUUGUAGGAUUUAUAUUACUGAAAAUCUAUUAGAUUGCCAUACAAC